AUGUCCAACGAACGCCAUUCCGAACAGAAUGACCGACCACCACUCGUCUCAGCCCUCUCCGAGUCAGGGCGACGGAUCUCCUCGCAACAUGUUCGCUUCUCCUCAGAUGUGGACCGUGACGAGGAGCGACAAACACGACCCAUCUCCCGCGAUUUAACCAUCAACACGGCGCUGGCGCCUCCGACCGUUCCUACCACUGCGCGAUCGCCUACCUCACCCCUCUCUCCGCCGAAUGCGCAAUCUUCACUUUCGCCCGUGUCUCCAGUCGAGCCCGCCGGUCGGUCUCGCUCGCGAAACCGUGGGUACUCCCUCCGGCGCUCGAUCUUUAAUAAAACCAUUACCUCGGCUGAGGCAAAGGAUGAUUUGGCCCUAGCUGAGCUUGGGGAGGCUCGGGAGCCAGAAGCGAAUGAGAAAAACGAGAAGAAUGAAUUGAGUGCGGCGCCAACGACUGAUUCGACCCAUAAAGAGGAGGUGACCACGAACGAUGGGCGAAGAAAUUCUCCAGGAAAGAUGUCGCCGUGGCGCGUGUCCAGGCGGCUUUGA